AUUUUUGUUUUUUUUUUGUUUUUGUUGAAAGAACGUUUUCGGAAGUUAGUUACAUAUUUCCUAAAAAAAUAUAUAUUUUAUUUACAAUAUUCACAUCAAUGAUUAGAAACCACGAUUCACCAACCACCACACUGAUUGUUUUACGAUGACACCACCGACAUCCUCCUCCUCCACAACCACCACCACCACCGCACCUUCAAAACCACGAAGCUACUGGCGAUGGAGCAAGCAAGAUUUCUUCCCAGAACCAUCUUUCCAAACCGGAGAAACCUAUCGAACCGCCUUAGCAAACACCUGCCCACGUCUAAAAGACCGUCUCCUAAACCGAUCAACAGACUCCCAUGAACUUCUCGUCCUUCCCAAAGCCAGUGAAAAUACAAUGACUCGUUGUCUCACUUGGUGGGACUUAACAUGGCUCGCUUUCGGCGCUGUCGUUGGCUCUGGUAUCUUCGUCGUUACCGGUCAAGAAGCUCGUUUCGAUGCUGGUCCUUCCAUUAUCCUCUCUUACGCCGCGUCAGGUUUCUCUGCUCUUCUUUCAGCUUUAAUCUACGCUGAAUUCGCCGUUGAAGUUCCUGUUGCUGGUGGCUCGUUUUCAUUCCUUAGAAUUGAACUUGGUGAUUUUCUCGCUUUCAUUGCCGCUGGGAAUAUUCUCCUUGAAGCUCUCGUCGGUGCUGCCGGUCUCGGUCGUUCAUGGUCAUCUUACUUUGCCACAAUGAUAAAAAACGAUUCGGAUUAUUUUCGGAUCAGAAUCGAUUCUUUUAAAACCGGUUUCAAUUUGCUUGAUCCAUUAGCCGUUGUGGUUUUGUUAAUUACUAACGGAAUCGCGGCUAGUGGAACACGAAAAACAUCUAUCUUAACAUGGUUAAGUUCAAUUGUUACAAUUUUUAUCAUCGGUUUUAUUAUUGUGAUCGGUUUUAUACACGGGAAGUCUUCAAAUUUAACACCGUUUUUUCCUUACGGUGUUAAAGGUGUUUUUAACGCCGCAGCUGUUGUGUAUUGGUCUUAUACCGGUUUCGAUAUGGUUGCAACUAUGGCUGAAGAAACUAAAAACCCUUCUAGAGAUAUACCUAUUGGUUUAAUUGGUUCAAUGUCUAUGAUCACGGUUAUUUAUUGUUUGAUGGCAUUGGCACUUGUGAAUAUGGUUAAGUAUAGUGAGAUUGAUGCUGGAGCUGCUUAUUCAGUUGCUUUUGUUCAAAUUGGUAUGAAAUGGGGUAAAUAUUUAGUGAGUAUUUGUGCUUUGAAAGGAAUGACAACAAGUUUGCUUGUUGGGUCAAUGGGACAAGCUAGGUACACUACUCAAAUUGCAAGGUCACAUAUGAUUCCACCCUUUUUUGCACUUAUUCAUCCUAAAACUGGAACACCUAUUAAUGCUACACUUUUGACAACUUUGUCAAGUUGUGUUGUUGCUCUUUUUACUAGUUUGGAUGUUCUGUCUAGUGUUUUUUCUGUAAGUACUCUGUUCAUUUUUAUGCUUAUGGCGAUUGCUUUGCUUGUGAGGAGAUAUUAUGCGAGGGAAUCAACUGAUAAGAGCGAUUUAUGGAAGGUUCUUUCGUGUUUGUUUGUUGUUGUUGGUUCUUGUAUUGUUGGGACUGCGCUAUGGAAUUCUGGUUUGUUUGGUUGGAUUGGGUAUACAGUGGCUGCUUGUGUUUGGCUUUUGGCGACUUUGGUGAUGAGUUUGCUUCCGAAGAAGAAGCAACCAAAGGUUUGGGGAGUUCCGUUGGUUCCGUGGGUGCCAUCAUUGUCGAUUGCGACGAACCUUUUUCUUAUGGGAUCAUUAGGUUCCGAGGCUUUCUUUAGAUUCUUGAUUUGUACUGGUGUGAUGCUUUUGUAUUAUUUAUUUGUGGGUAUUCAUGCAACUUAUGAUGUGGAUCAUAAAAUUGGUCAAGAAUCAAACCAUGAUGUGGAAGGUGCCAAUUGAGGAUUCUUGUAUUUGUUGUGGAAUCAUGAAGAGUUAAGUCUUUAUUGUAAUUGGAGAACAACACUAUGGAGCGAUGGCCAAUUGUGAAUUGCACAAGUCACAGCUAGCUCUUUGCAUAACAAUUAGAUAGAUGCAUUGGGAAAAAAAAUGUGUAUAUGUCAAAUGAAGACCCUAAUGAUUAUUAGGGACCAUAUAUUUAUUGAUUAGUGUGCGGUGUUAUAUGGAAUAAGGAUUCUACAUAUAAUUGUUAUAUUUGAUUGUUUUUAGUUUUAACAGAGACUAUGCUCUCGAAUUCUUAUAGGAUUGGUUAUCUGUGAAAGUUUCUUUAUUGUUGGCACA